AUGAUGGAGUACCUCAUUGCCAGGGCGACCGCAUACCUUAUUUGCCCCAAGUAUCUAUCCCUAAUCUCCAAGGAAUACCAAUUACCGUUGAUCGAUGAUAACUGGGUCCAGUCACGAAAGCGGCUAGUUGUCUCCUGCCCAAGUAUGCUAAGCGGCAUCAAGCAGCCCCGAACAUUGGCAGCGGCAUUGCGCGGGGAGAGGUGUGCCAAGGUUAGGCUAGUUUUUGGCCGGCUGCUAAUAGCUCCCGCGAAGGCGUCCUUUUUGCAGUCUCUUGUCGCGAGCGGUCCGGUGCGCGUAUCUUAUACCACCCCCACCACUCCAAUAUAUUUAGCUCCGCCCUUCCGGACCUGGUCUCGGGUACCCCAUUUUGGCAAAUAUUCAUACACCUCGACAGCUGAGAAAUAUCAGAUGGCUCCUCCUAUCUGGAGCGAAACUGACACACCCUUUUCGAAGAGCGAUUGGUUCCAUAUUGUUUGA